AACACCCCACCCGAGAUCCUUGCUAGCAUUCAGCCUGCACAUCAAGGGCCUAGAGUCAGAUUUACACCCCUCGCUGAUCUACCCAACUCUGAUGCAGCUCGCCAUCGUAACCCAGCGAUCGACUGGGCUGGGGCCCAAGUACCAGGGGAACUCUCCCGCCGGACGGCAUGGCCAACCUCGAUAAGCGGCGGAUGGACCGAAUCCUCGACUGUCAGACACGCCGGAACCUCUCGCAUACAACCUGCCGACAUGCGGCCGUCUUCUGACAUGCAGAUGCAACACUACAACCCAGGACUUCAGUCAUUGCCUCAGGACCUCCCGUACGCCUACGGAGCACCCCCGAUAAAUCUCCCCGGCCCACCCAUGCUGCCCGUCAUAGCUCUUCCCCCUCCAUCUCAGAGACCCUCUCCGGUAUUACGCUCACAGCUACCCGAGUUACUCCCUUUACCCCGCGAAGUCCCUACCUCCUCUUUCGACACCGACACAGUUCCCCCCGUUCGCAACCAUGAACCUAGUGAUUCCCCCCCUGAAAUGAGGCUCCAAAACCUCACGGCAUACAUUAUCAAGGACGGAGAAUUUCCUGUUGCUCGUGGCGGGUUUGGCGAAAUCUGGAAAUGUACCUAUCACAACAAUCAGGGAUCAAUCAAAGUUGCAGUGAAAGCAUUGCAGGUGUACGCCGAUGAUCAGCUUGGUCCAGCGAAGACGAAGAAGAUCAAGAGAAUAAAACGUGAACUCAGAAUAUGCGCAAACCUGAAACAUGACAAUAUUCUCCCCGUUUAUGGCUAUACAUAUGGCUUCGGCCCAUUUAUAGCGAUAGUCAGUCCUUGGGCGGAGAAUGGAAAUCUGACCGCCUAUUUGGAGCGUGAGGGUGCAGAUCUUGCUCUCGUUAGACGAUUCGAGAUCCUCAAGGAUAUCAUAGCUGGUCUCCAAUAUCUUCACGCCAACAGUGUCAUUCAUGGCGACUUCAAUGGGCCUAAUGUGCUCAUCCAUGGCGAUGGUACUGCGUGUGUCGCCGACUUCGGUCUCUCCUUGAUGUAUUCAGAGGUUAUAAGCGCCUCUCAGGCUUCCUGGACGUCCACGCUCAAAGGGAACAUGCGAUGGAUGGCUCCUGAACUGCUUGUACCAGAGCGGGAGGAUGGAUCUCCAACUCGUCCGAGCAAGCAGAGCGACAUAUUUUCGUUUGGCGGUAUUAUGUUGCAGGUUCUCACCAACAAGAUUCCCUAUUAUUACCUGCCGAAUGAUGCCGCUAUUGUCCUAUGCAUAGCCAGGUCGCAAAAGCCUUCCCGACCUCGUUAUCCUGUGCUCCUUGAGAAGUAUUGGCAGUUUAUCGAGCAAUGCUGGUCUACUCUUCCUCGGGACCGUCCAUCGACAGAGGGAGCUGACGGAGCGAUCAGGAAUGAGUUUUACUGGUACAAUCAGAUCAAUAGUACGAUGUACGGUAUGCUAGCAGGCUUAGAUUGUAGGGUCGUAACUUUGACCGUGUCACAUCGCCUCGGAGAGCGUAAAACUUCGACUGGCUCCGAGUGGGCUGGAGCUACAGCGUAUGAUUAGCCGGUAUUGGAGGAGUGUACGCCGCGAUUUAUCUCAUCAACG